AUGGUACUGCAGGCGGCGCUUCAUCACCGCAUCCCUCUCGUACUGCGGAGAACAGGCAGGGAGCAGCGGGCAGGCAGGAGGACGUAUGUCAAGCUGCAAAGAAAAAUUGAAGGAAACGCUUAUUUCUAGUUCGACACCUCCUUUUUAUUCUUUCGCUGUGACACACCACUCGUAAUUGGUCCGGCAAGAUGGGCAAUCGGGGAAUGGAGGACCUGAUUCCUCUGGUAAAUAGAAUGCAGGAUGCCUUCUCCGCCAUCGGACAAAAUGCCAACCUGGACCUGCCUCAGAUCGCCGUGGUCGGUGGGCAAAGUGCCGGUAAAAGCUCUGUUUUGGAGAACUUUGUGGGGAAGGACUUUCUGCCCCGUGGCUCUGGUAUUGUCACUCGGCGCCCCCUGGUGCUGCAGCUCAUCAACUCCCCUACUGAAUAUGCAGAGUUUUUGCAUUGCAAGGGGAAGAAGUUUACUGAUUUUGAUGAGGUACGUCAGGAAAUUGAGGCGGAGACAGAUCGCAUCACCGGGCAGAACAAAGGCAUCUCGCCAGUCCCGAUCAAUCUGCGAGUCUACUCACCUAAUGUCCUGAAUCUUACCCUCGUGGAUCUGCCUGGUAUGACCAAAGUGCCCGUCGGUGACCAGCCGGCUGAUAUAGAGUCCCAGAUCAGAGAUAUGCUGAUGCAGUUUGUGACGAAGGAGAAUUGCCUGCUGCUGGCCGUGUCUCCUGCCAACUCUGACCUGGCCAACUCGGAUGCCCUCAAGAUUGCCAAAGAGGUGGACCCUCAGGGCUUGAGAACUAUAGGAGUGAUCACUAAAUUGGAUCUGAUGGACGAAGGAACUGACGCACGUGACAUCCUGGAGAACAAACUGCUUCCCUUACGUAGAGGUUACAUCGGAGUGGUUAAUCGCAGUCAGAAGGACAUUGAUGGCAAGAAGGACAUCACUGCUGCUAUGGCGGCAGAGAGGAAGUUCUUCCUCACCCACCCAGCAUAUCGACACCUGGCUGAUCGCAUGGGCACUCCAUACCUGCAGAAGGUUCUCAAUCAGCAACUGACUAACCACAUCCGAGACACUCUACCCGGACUGAGGAACAAACUGCAGAGUCAGUUGCUGUCCAUUGAGAAAGAAGUGGAAGAAUACAAACACUUCCGACCGGACGAUCCAUCUCGCAAAACCAAGGCUCUGCUACAGAUGGUGCAGCAGUUUGCUGUGGAUUUCGAAAAGUGCAUCGAGGGUUCGGGAGACCAAGUGGACACAGUGGAGCUUUCGGGGGGUGCUAGAAUCAAUCGCAUCUUCCAUGAGCGCUUCCCCUUUGACCUGGUUAAGAUGGAGUUCGAUGAGAAAGAGUUGCGUAAGGAGAUUAGUUACGCCAUCAAAAACAUCCAUGGUAUCAGGACUGGUCUGUUCACUCCGGACAUGGCUUUCGAGACUAUCGUAAAACGGCAAAUUGGCAAAAUCAAAGAGCCUUGUCAGAAGUGCGUGGACCUGGUCAUCACCGAGCUGGUUAAUACGGUCAGGCAGUGCACCAGGAAGCUGGCUCAGUACCCCAUGCUUAGAGAGGAAAUGGAGAGGAUUGUCACCCAGCACAUCCGCGAUCGAGAGAGCCGAACUAAAGAUCAGGUCAUGUUGCUAAUUGACAUCGAGUUGGCAUACGUUAACACCAAUCAUGAGGAUUUCAUCGGCUUUGCAAAUGCCCAGCAGAGAAGCAGUCAGAUGAAUAAGAAGAAAGCUGCUGGCAAUCAGGAUGAGAUAAUGGUGAUCAGGAAGGGCUGGCUGACCAUCAAUAACAUCGGUAUCAUGAAAGGAGGAGCGAAGGAAUAUUGGUUUGUCCUGACCGCUGAGAAUCUGUCCUGGUACAAAGACGAUGAGGAGAAAGAAAAGAAAUACAUGCUGCCAUUGGACAAUCUGAAACUGAGGGACAUUGAGAAGAGCUUCAUGUCAAGCAAGCACGUGUUUGCUCUCUUUAACACUGAACAGAGGAACGUGUAUAAAGACUACAGACAGCUGGAGUUGGCCAGUGACACUCAGGAGGAGGUGGACAGCUGGAAAGCAUCUUUCCUCCGUGCUGGUGUUUACCCAGAGCGCAUCAUUGAUAAAGAAAAGAGUGACAGCAGUGAGGAGAACAGCUCGGAUGGCUUCAUGCACUCCAUGGAUCCUCAGCUCGAGAGGCAGGUGGAGACCAUCAGGAACCUUGUGGAUUCUUACAUGGCCAUCGUCAACAAGACCGUGCGGGACCUCAUGCCAAAGACCAUCAUGCAUCUUAUGAUCAACAAUACUAAGGAGUUUAUCCAUGCUGAGUUACUGGCUAACCUGUACUCGUGUGGAGAUCAGAACACACUGAUGGAGGAGUCAGCUGAACAGGCUCAGCACAGGGAGGAGAUGCUGCGCAUGUAUCACGCUCUCAGAGAGGCGCUCAACAUCAUUGGUGACAUCAGCACCACUACCAUCUCCACCGCCAUGCCUCCACCAGUCGAUGACUCUUGGCUGCAGGUACAAGGAGGACCGUCAGGACGCAGAUCUCCAAUGUCAAGUCCCACUCCCCAGCGCCGGGCCCCACCCGGGCCGCCUCGUCCUGGCGGUCGUGCGGCCCCAGGCCCCCCUACUGCUGGAGCACCACCAGUACCAUCCAGACCUGGAGCCUCCCCUGACCCCUUCGGCGGCCCCCCGCCCCAGGUGCCCUCGCGUCCUAACCGUGCCCCACCAGGUGUACCCAGAAUUUCUAUCAGUGACCAAUGAGGAUUUACGCAAAUGUCGGAGAGCUCCAGCCUCCCCAACCAGAUCCAACAGAGACUCAUUCACUGAGCGUUGACACUGGAGAUCAGCGGGGCAGAGACAACCACUGCCCUCUACUGACACAAACACACACACACUACAAACACUACACAAAAUGUCCAUAUACAUUAUCACGUUUACUUGAAAGUGUAUGUUUCUUUUCCUCAAAUAUAUUGUACAUGAAGAAUGGACAUCAGAUACAUCUUUAUUUUAAAUAACAGAAAUAUAAUCAAUUGACCUAAAUACUCUCAGAUAUGGUGCCACUGUAUUUAUUUUACCAGCGUAAAUGCUUCGUAUUUUAGAAUGAAGAACAUUAUAAAAUGCACAGGGAUUGUCGAUGUAAACCAGCCUAUUUUCACUGUUCGCUUCAACAUGUAUGCACAUAUAUGCUAGAUGAUGACAUUGGCCUUUACUACUGUACAUCUAAGCCUUAACCGCCAUUGGAUGGUUCAUUAGUUCUUCUUAAUAAGUGACCUGCAUGUAUUUAUUAUACAAAAGAUAUUGUAGAUACACUCUUAAAAAACGGUGCUUAAAAGGUUCUUCACAACGUUGCCAUAGAAGAACAUUUUGGUUCUUCAAAGAAGCAAUUAUAAUGAAAUUUCUAAAACUAUUUAGACAGAAAGGUUCUUCUUGAAGCACCUUUAUUUUUAAGAGUGUAGUGAAUAGACAUUCAUUUACACUUACUUUAAAGGGAUAGUUCACCCAAAAAUAAACAUUUAGUCAUUUUCUCAUCCUCAUGUUGUUCCUGGAUGAGUUUCUUUUUUCUGGUACACAAAAAGAAGAUAUUUUGAUGAAUGAUGGUAAGCACACAGCUGAUGGUAACCAUUGACUUCCAUAGUAGGAAAAACAAAUACUAUAAAAUUCAAAUGGUACCGUCAACUGUGUGCUUUCCAUCAUUUAUCAUAAUAUCUUUUUUCAUUAUUUAUCACAAUACUUCCAUAAUAUUUGUUUUCUUACUAUAGAAGUCAAUGGUUAUGGGAGUCGUGUGCUUACCAUCAUUUAUUAAAAUAUAUUCUUUUGUGUUUAUCUAAAUAAAAAACAUGAAUUUUCAUUUUUGGGUGAACUAUCCCUUUAAAUCCUGUUUUGUUCACACACCUUACAUUGCUUUGUUGGACUGCCCUUUGAUCUUUAUAUUGCACUAUAUGGUUUAAACUCUUUGUGGAGCAUGACUUGAUCUAGAAGAAAUAAUAUUGCCACUAUUUACUCACCCAUGUGUUAUUUUAAACCGAUAUGAGCUUUUUUACAUGGAACAAGAAGGUGAAUUUUUAAAGAAUAUCCUGACCAUUGCUUUCCAUAAUAAUGAAUUCAAGCUAUUGUAUGACUCAUGAAGACCUUGAAUAUAAUGCGGUAUAGUGUGGAUACAUUUUAAGUCUUGUACGUUCUUAAAUGCUGGGUUAUUUUCAACCCAACGUUGGGUCAAAAUGGGACAAACACAGAAAAUGGGUUUGACCCAACAGUGGGUUAAAACAAACUAGCAUUUUGGGUUAAAACAGCCAGCAGUUAACGGAGUAGUCCACUUUAAAGAUGGGGUCCAUUGACUUUUCAUAGUAAAAAAAAUACAAUGGUAAGUCAAUGGGCCCCAUGUUUAAAGUGGACUACUUUAAAAAUAACCCAGCAUUUGUACUUUUUAUUAAUUUUUCCUUAUAUGGUUAAAAAGUGGCUGGGAUAUUGUUUAACAAUAUCAGCUUUUGUGUUCAGCGGAAAAAAAUAACAUCAUACGUGUUACGUGUACAUAAUGUAAAUUUUUAUUUUGUAUUAAUUGAACCUAAUUAUUGUACCUAAUAAAAAUGCUGGGAUAUUAUCAACCAAGCAUUAGUUCAAAAUGGCACAACCCAAGCUGAUGGGUUAAAUGAAAAUAUUUAUAUUUAACCCAACAAUGGGAUGAAACAACCCAGCAUACAUUAAAUUACAACCCAGCGGGUUGGGUUCAUCUUUUAUAGACCCAGCGCUGGGUUAAAAAAUAACCCAGCAUUUUUUAGAGUGUACUUAUAUUUUGUUGAUUUAUUUCUUAGUAAUUUAAUAAUUUAGUUAAUAACCAACAAGACAAAAUUACAAAUCUGAUAUAUAUUUUAACACUGUAUUUAAAUUUUUGAUCGGGCCUUGAGUACACUCUAAAAAUGCUGGGUUCUUUUCAAACCAGCCUUGGGUCUGAAGGGGACAAACCCAGCCGAUGGGUUAAAACAACUCAGCUAUUUGGGCUGAAAUAUCCAAGCAUAGGUUAAAUUACAACCCAGUGGAUUGGGUUCGUCCCUUUUUGACCCAAUGCUGGGUUAAAAUAUAAAUAACCCAGCAUUUUUUAGAGUACACUUAUAUUUUAUUGUUUUAUUUCUUGAAUUACUUUGUUAAUCACCAAAAAAUCUGAUUCAUAUUUUAAUUUGGUGAUCCUUGAGUACACUCUAAAAAAUGCUGGGUUAUUUUUAACCCAAUGUUGGGUCAAAACGGUCGAAUUUUUAUAUUUGACCCAACAAUGGGAUAAAACAACCCAGCAUUUUGGGUUGAAACAACCCAGCUUAGUUUCAAAUACAACCCAACGGGCUCCCUUUUUGACCCAACGUUGUGUUGAAUACGGUCAAACCUAGCUGUUUGCUUAAAUUAACCCAGAAAAUUUUAUAUUUGACCCAACAAUGGGUUAAAUAAACAACCAACCCAGCUUAGGUUAAAAUACAACCCAACGGGCUGGGACUCGUCCCUUUUUGACCCAACGUUGGUCGAACAGCUGUUGGCUUAAAUUAACCCAGAUUUUUUUAUAUUUGACCCAACAAUGGGUUAAAACAACCCAAAUACAACCCAAUGUGCUGGGGCUCGUCUCUUUUUAACCCAACGCUGGCUUGAAUUCAUCCCAUGUCUGGUAAAUAUUGGACCGAACACAAAAUGACCCAAUAAUAAUUUUGGGUUAUUAAAAACAACCCAGCAUUUUUAGAGUGUAGCUAUACAGUAAUGAUUUACAUUAUGUGACAUAAUUGUUUAAGUUAAAUUAGAUGUAUAAAGUAUAAAAGCAUGUUGACUUAUCUACGCUUGUUGCUUCAAUUUUUUAAUUUCCAAAAAUCUCUCUUCUUCUUGCUAUAUUUGCUCUUAUGCUUUGUGUCUUCUAGCCGUCCAAGCAAAGGAAGUCCGUCUCACAGCGAGGGUCAACAAUCUUCGUUCGACUCUUAAAGCCAACCCUCCCCUCUUUCACCUCUAUUAAUAUUUCUCUCUCUCUCUCUCUCUCUCUCUCUCUCUCUCUCUCUCUCUCUGACUUGGUGAGUUUGACCACGAGCCUCAGGAUCGCUGCGUAUUUACUGUAGCAGCAGAAACGAUGGCUGAAGUGUGGAAAUACAGAAGGGCUUUGUUGGUUUGUUCAUACCACACUCUAAUCCCUGUAUGAUAUUACCAGUGUCAAUAUUUGUCACUGCAAUGUUUAUGAUACUGAAGAUACUGUGUGGUGUUCGUGUUUACACACUAGACAAUGUCAACAUAAUCUAUAUUAAGCUGUCACUUGAGGUGUAUAAGCCGUAUAUAAACUAACACUAUGUACUGUAUCUGUCUCUUCACCAAUACUACAGGACAGUGGACGCACAGAAGUGAAACCCCUGAUAGUUAAAACUUGUUACGUGAUACUGUGUGUGAAUGUACUCUAUUGGAAAAAAUUUAGUUUUCAAACCAGAAUGUUUGUUUCGUCCAGUGUCUGUUCACUAGAAGCCUUUGUAUUUCCCAAACAAAUAAGAAAUGUUUGAUUGAAAUGCACUGUACAUAAGGAUAUAUAUUACAUGUUUGGUAUGGAGGUGAAAGCGCCAGGAUGUUUACCUGCAAGUUAAAGACUUUUGGGCGGUUUAUUUAUUUAUUUGUUGACCAAAAGGAAGAGUCGAAUAAUAUUAAAAUGAAUCUGUCUGGGGUAAAACAUGUUAUUGAUGAAUAUAUCCGAGCAUCUUUUAAACCCCAACACAAGUUUAAGAGUAAAUAUUGCGGCUGGAAAUUAAUGUGUCGAUGUAUAUUUAUUGUGCAACUCUGGGAUUUGUGCUUUUGUUGCUUUGUGUCAACAUGUACAUUUACUAGGUAUUGUAUUGAAAAUAUAUAAGUAGCCUAUAUGGUUUGUACGUGUGUGUAAAUACAUAUAUGGAGGGGUCUGCGGGCAUUACCAAAUCUCCACUAUAUAUGGAAAGGGUGAAUGUGAAUCUUACUGCUAUCAUCUGUAUCUUAUUGUGGUCUGGUGUCAUAAACUGACCAAUGCGUUGUGAUGAAAUUAAAGUGUCUGUGUGAAAGAUACAA